AACCAACGCCCGAGGGGACAGGCAGGAGGCGCAGGCGUCCUGGGGGUCUUCCGGAUCUCACAGGGAAAAGGGACACGCCACUGCAGUGUCUACGUCCUUGGAGGACAGCUCUGCGGAGCAUGCGCACAAGGUAACCCUGGCCUCUGAACUACCACGCCCAGAAGUCCUCGCGGCAGAUGAAGACAAAGACCUUUUGUUGUCCCGUAACUUCCUGUACCGGAAGCUCUCGCCACCCGGAAGUUGGCCCUUUUCCCGGUUCUGUGGCCGCUGUGACCUGGCGCGCUCUCGGGGCGGACUGCGGGGGACCCUGGGGCGGGAGCGAGCGAGCUCUCCUCGUGGAUGCCCGGCCUUCCCUGAGACGUGGGAACACUGAGGAAAAGACAAUGGCCCCUGUAUUCCUGACAGCCAGGGCCCCCCAGGAAUUAGUGACAUUCAAGGAUGUGACCGUGGACUUCACCUGGGAGGAGUGGGGGUGCUUGUACCCCUCUCAAAAGAAAUUAUACCACGAUGUGAUGCUGGAGAACUACAGGAACCUGAUCUGCCUGGGACUUGAGGUUUCCGAACCACAUGUGAUCUAUCAGCUGGAGCAUGGGGAAGCACCUUUGAAGCUGGAGGGAGACAUCCCCAGGACCAGCCGUCCAGGAAGGGGAAUGAGCGUGCUCCACUCUUUAUCGGGGCCAAGGAGGUUCCUGUCCUUAGCAGAAGAAAUUGUACUGAAUGUGAUUUAUUAUCAGACUUCAUGUGUGAGGAAUUCAUUGUUUACAUACAGCAGUGAGGUCAGCACAAUGGCCCUAAUUAUCCCAGAUACAAGUGACUUAAGUGAUGUUCACUGUUUCUUCAGAAUGGGACAAAGCUGGGAAUAUGGGGCUGAAUGUAAGAGGAAGCAGAAUACAGAGGAGAAAGAUCAUGUACCCAAUGAUUUUGGAAAAGCCUCCUUCCAGAACACCAGCCUUAUUGGCUGUCAGAGAAUAGAUGCUGUAGGUAAACCUUGUAUGUGGAAUGAAGAUGAGAAGGGCUUCUGUCAGAACAGACGUCUUACUCAAAAACAGAAAACUCUUACAGGGGAGAAAUCCUUUGCAUGUGAUGAAUGUGGCAAGGUCUUCCACUGGAGGUCAGGACUUAGGGAGCACCGGAAAAUUCAUACUGCAGAGAAACCUUAUGAAUGUAUUGAAAGUGGAAAGGCCUUCUGUCUAAAUAGUAUACCUAUGCAGCAUCAGAGAGUUCAUCCUGGAGAGAAACCUUAUGAGUGUAGUAUAUGUAGAAAGGCCUUCCGUUGGAAGUCACAUCUUACUCAACAUCAGACAGUUCAUUCUGGUGAGAAACCUUAUGUAUGUAGUGAAUGUGGGAAGGCUUACCACAAGAGGUCAGUGCUUACUGAACAUCAGAGAACUCAUACUGGAGAGAAACCUUAUGAAUGUAAUAAAUGUGGGAAGAGCUUCCGAUGGAGCACACAUCUUAGUCGACAUCAAAGGAUUCACACUGGAGAGAAACCUUAUGUAUGUAAGGAAUGUGGGAAAGCCUUCCGACAGAGAACAGUGCUUACUGAGCAUCGGAGAACUCACACAGGAGAGAAACCUUAUGAAUGUAACGAAUGUGGAAAGUCUUUUCGAUGGAGGACAGUGCUUGCAGAACAUCAGAAAACCCAUACUGGAGAGAAACCUUAUGAAUGUAAUGAGUGUGGGAAGUGUUUCCAUUGGAACACAAACCUUACUCGACAUCAAAGAAUUCACACUGGAGAGAAAUUUUAUGAAUGUGGGAAGGCCUUCCCCCAGAAAUCAGCACUUAAUGAACAUCAGAGGCCUCAUACUGGAGAAAAACUUUAUGAAUGUAAUGAAUGUGGAAAGACCUUUCAGUGGAAUACAAACCUUACACGACAUCAAAGAAUUCAUACUGGAGAGAAACCUUAUGAAUGCAAUGAAUGUGGAAAGGCCUUUCAGCGGAAUACAAACCUUACUCGACAUCAAAGAAUUCAUACUGGAGAGAAACCUUAUGAAUGCAAUCAAUGUGGAAAGGCUUUUCGAUGGAGCACAAUGCUUAUUGAACACCAGAGAAUUCACACUGGAGAGAAACCUUAUGAAUGUAAUGAAUGUGGAAAGACCUUUCAGUGGAACACAAACCUUACUCGGCAUCAGAGAACUCAUACUGGAGAGAAGUCUUAUGAUUGUAGGAAAGUCCUCCACCAGAGAAGCCAGCUCACUGAACAUCAGAACAUUUGUGGUGGAGAGAAACUUUAUGAAUGCUAUGAGUGUGGGAAGGCCUUCCACCAGAAGUCAGCACUUACUGCACAUCAGAGGCCUCAUACUGGAGAAAAACUUUAUGAAUGUAAUGAAUGUGGAAAGACCUUUCAGUGGAAUACAAACCUUACUCGACAUCAAAGAAUUCAUACUGGAGAGAAACCUUAUGAAUGCAAUGAAUGUGGAAAGACCUUUCGAUGGAGUACAAUGCUUAUUGAACACCAGAGAAUUCACACUGGAGAGAAACCUUAUGAAUGUAAUGAAUGUGGAAAGACCUUCCAGUGGAACACAAACCUUACUCGACAUCAGAGAACUCAUACUGGGAGAAACUUUAUGAGUGUAAUGAGUGUGGGAAGGCCUUCCAUCAGAAGGCAGGACUUACUCGACAUCAGAGAACUCAUACUAGAGAGAAACUUUAACAAUGUAGAAAGGCAUUUCACAAGAGCAUAG